CCAUCCUCACUCCUCAUGACAUAUCAUAAUAUCAUAUAUUACAAUAUAAAUUUCUCUUUCCUGCUCUGCUCCUCCCUCCCCCAUCGUUUAAGACAGAAGACGGCUUCUUCCUUCCGCCUCCUUCUGUGUCCACCCACCCAAGUGGGCGAUCUGAUAACUGCACCUCGCUCAUUCCAUUUCCAGACGGCAAGCAUGGCAGGAAGCGCUGCAUGGCUGAAAGGAAGAGUAAAAGCUGUUCCAUCGGGAGAUUGCAUGGUGAUAACUGCUCUGACCUACAGCAAUGCAGGGCCCCCUCCCGAGAAAACCAUCACUCUGUCCUCUAUAAUUGCUCCUAGACAGGCCCGCAGAGGUGGAAUUGAUGAGCCAUUCGCAUGGGACAGCCGCGAGUACCUGAGGAAGCUUUGCAUAGGAAAGGAAGUCACUUUCAAAGUGGACUACACUGUUCCCUCCAUUGGUCGGGAAUUUGGAUCGGUUUUUCUUGGUGACAAGAAUGUAGCCAUGCUGGUUGUAUCUGAAGGAUGGGCAAAGGUUAGGGAACAGGGUCAGCAGAAAGGAGAGGCAAGUCCCUUCCUUCCAGAGUUGCUACGACUUGAAGAACAAGCCAAGCAACAAGGUCUUGGUCGUUGGAGCAAGGCACCUGGUGCUGCUCAGGCUUCCAUUAGAAGUCUCCCUCCGUCUGCUAUUGGUGAUCCUAGUAAUCUUGAUGCCAUGGGUCUGUUAUCCGCAAACAAGGGGAGACCUAUGCAAGGCAUUGUCGAGCAAGCUCGUGAUGGCAGUACUGUCCGGGUGUACUUGCUUCCAGAUUUUCAGUUUGUCCAAGUUUUUGUUGCUGGAAUUCAGGCACCAUCAAUGGGUAGAAGGGCGCCGGCAGAAUCUAUCAAUGAAGCAGAAACUAUAUCUGUUGAACCAAAUGGAGCAACUCCUUCAAAUGAGCCACGCGCUGCUUUAACAUCUGCACAGAGGCUUGCAGUUUCAGCAGCCACAUCCAAUGAAGUUGCUCCUGAUCCAUUCGCUUUGGAAGCAAAGCACUUCACUGAGAUGCGUGUUUUGAAUAGAGAUGUGCGAAUCGUAUUGGAAGGUGUUGACAAGUUCAGCAAUCUGAUUGGAUCAGUAUACUAUCCUGAUGGGGAUACGGCGAAGGAUCUUGCACCAGAGCUUGUGGAAAAUGGUUUGGCCAAAUUUGUGGAAUGGAGUGCCAACAUGAUGGAAGAAGAGGCAAAGAGACGGCUGAAAGCUGCUGAACUUCAAGCUAAGAAAAGCCGACUAAGGAUUUGGACAAACUAUGUACCUCCAGCCUCAAAUUCUAAGGCGAUUCACAACCAGAACUUUACUGGGAAGGUAGUGGAAGUUGUGAGUGGGGACUGUGUUGUCGUGGCUGAUGACUCCAUCCCAUAUGGCAGUCCACUGGCAGAGCGACGAGUCAAUCUGUCAAGUAUCAGGUGCCCCAAAAUGGGUAAUCCUCGUAGGGAUGAAAAGCCGGCACCCUUUGCUCGGGAAGCCAAGGAGUUACUAAGGACACGCCUCAUAGGCCGACAAGUGAAAGUGGAGAUGGAGUAUUCCAGGAAGGUCCCCAUUGCCGAUGGAGCUCCCUCUACAAAUGGGUCUGGAGAUGCAAGAGUGAUGGAUUUCGGUUCAGUCUUUCUGGUUUCCCCCAUCAAAGGUGAGGGUGAUGAUGCUCCCUCCGCAACUCCAUCAACAGCGGAUGGGCAUCCUGCAGGGUCUAAUGUGGCAGAAUUAGUGGUUGGACGGGGCUUCGCUACUGUUAUUAGGCAUCGUGACUUUGAGGAGAGGUCGAAUUAUUAUGACGCCCUACUAGCUGCUGAAUCCCGCGCUGUUGCUGGUAGAAAAGGAAUUCAUUCUGCCAAGGACCCCCCGGUCAUGCAUAUAACUGACCUUGUUACGGCAUCAUCGAAGAAAGCAAGGGAUUUUCUGCCAUUUUUACAGCGGAGCAAGCGGACUCCGGCCAUUGUGGAAUACGUGUUUAGUGGCCAUCGUUUUAAGCUCCUGAUACCUAAGGAGACAUGCAGCAUUGCUUUUUCAUUCUCGGGCGUUAGAUGCCCUGGUCGAGAUGAGCCUUAUUCCGAAGAAGCAAUUGCUUUGAUGAGACGAAAAAUAUUGCAGAGAGAUGUUGAGAUUGAAGUGGAAACUGUUGAUAGAACGGGAACUUUCUUAGGAUCACUGUGGGAAUCAAGAACCAAUGUGGCGAUAACUCUUCUCGAGGCCGGUCUCGCUAAGCUUCAAACUUCUUUUGGUUCUGAUAGGAUACCUGAUGCACAUCUUCUGGAGCGUGCCGAGCAGUCCGCCAAGAAGCAGAAACUGAAGAUAUGGGAGGAUUAUGUAGAAGGACAGGAGGCAUCUAAUGGUUCAGUUGUGGAGAGCAAACAUAAAGAAGUGAUGAAGGUGGUGGUAACCGAGGUUCUAGGUGGUGGUAAGUUUUAUGUUCAGGCCGUUGGAGACCAGAAAGUGGCCUCCAUUCAGCAUCAGCUUGCUUCCUUGAAUUUCCAGGAAGCUCCUGUUAUUGGUACCUUUAAUCCAAAGAAGGGUGAUAUUGUUCUUGCUCAGUUCAGUGCAGACAAUUCCUGGAACAGAGCCAUGAUUGUCAACGCACCUCGAGGAGCUGUUGGAUCUGCACAAGACAAGUUUGAGGUGUUCUACAUUGACUAUGGGAAUCAGGAAACCGUUGCUUACUCACAGUUGCGACCUCUCGAUCCAUCAGUAUCGUCUGGACCUGCUCUUGCUCAGUUGUGCAACCUCGCGUAUGUGAAGGUGCCAAGCUUGGAAGAGGACUUUGGCCAAGAGGCAGCAGAGUAUCUGAGCGAGCACACACUGAAUAGUUCAAAGGAAUUUGUAGCAACAGUUGAGGAGAGGGAUAGCUCUGGGGGGAAGUCAAAGGGCCAGGGAACUGGGAUGGUAUCUAUAGUGACCCUUAAAGCUUCAGAUUCCGAAGAAAGCAUAAAUGCAGCGAUGCUGGAGGUAGGACUUGCCAGGUUGGAGAGGAGGAAGCGGUGGGAGUCCAAGGAUAGACAAGCAGCCUUUGAAAACUUGGAGGUGUACCAAGAGAAAGCUCGGACUAAGAGGCUGGGAAUGUGGGAGUACGGUGACAUCCAGUCGGAUGACGAGGACAUGGGUCCGCCUGUUAGAAAAACCAGUGGAGGCCGGCGAUAGAGGCUGCAGAGGUUGGGGGGUUUCCUCCUCCUCCUCUAUGGAGAGCUAUUAAAUUAUUAUAAUAACAAAAGGAAAAAAUAAAAAGGAACUUCGGGUUUUCUUCUUCUUAAUUAUCUUUUAAGAGUGGUGGACUAGGAAAGGGGUAAAAAACCUUAGAGUGACAUGUUUUUUUUCUUUAGAAGCAAUAAUAAGUGCUUCUGGCAGAGAUGGUCGCAUGUCAACUCUUUUCGAUUCGCCUGACCCUUUCUUUCCCUUCUUUUUUUUUUUUCUCUUUUUUGGUAACAUUUUUAAAUUGACUAUAGGCGUGGAACUAUUUCUUUUACUGCGGGAACAUUUAUUAAAAAAGCUUCGUCUAAAUAAGCUUUGUCUGUCAAA